UGUUGUUUUCAGUCAUUUCAACGAAGGGGAUGAGGUUUUAUGCGCAUUAUCAGCUGUAAACACUUCAUCACAGUUCAAACAUAAACUUGAACAUGGAUUUGGACGCUGGCACUUAUGAGCCCGGGUUUGUGGGCAUCAGGUUCUGUCAGGAGUGUAAUAACAUGUUGUAUCCUAAAGAGGAUAAAGAAAACCGCAUUCUGCUCUAUGCUUGCAGAAACUGUGACUAUCAACAGGAAGCUGACAACAGCUGCAUCUACGUGAACAAAAUCACCCAUGAGGUUGAUGAACUUACCCAGAUUAUUGCAGACGUGGCCCAGGACCCAACAUUACCUCGGACAGAGGACCAUCCGUGCCCAAAGUGUGGUCACAAGGAGGCGGUGUUCUUCCAGUCUCACAGCAUGAAGGCUGAGGAUGCCAUGAGGCUUUACUAUGUGUGUACUGCUCCACACUGUGGCCACCGAUGGACAGAAUGAGGAAGAUGAAGCAGAAGCGAGCGAACGACGGAGGAUGAGGCGGUCAGGUGUCCUGUGCCGCUAUUGUUCCAGAACAUUCCAAGAGAAUAGUUCUCAGUUUAGACAUCAAGAUCACAUUUAAAGUCUGGACUAUUUUGUCAAUGCCUCAUUUGUAGGUCUCUAAUGAAUUUGUAUACAGUAAACUGGGAUUUAUUUUUUUAUGUAUCUUUCUGAAAGUGAGACAGAUGUGUGAACAAUUAAAACCAGUUUACAAGGAGAGACUCAUCCUUUUACUAGUGUUUAUAGUUGCUCAUUUUACUUGUAAGCGUGGUUUAUAUUUUGAAAGUAAUAAAAAUGAAAAAAAGUA